GUUGUGGCUGUGAUGUGCAAACCCCACAGAUGUCCACACAUCAGUUUUACAGGAAAUAUAUGUGUAUACUGCCCGGGUGGACCUGAUUCAGAUUUUGAGUAUUCAACACAGUCUUACACAGGAUACGAGCCAACCUCCAUGAGAGCUAUCCGGGCCAGGUACGACCCUUUUCUACAGACAAGGCACAGAAUAGAGCAGUUGAAACAGCUUGGCCACAGUGUGGAUAAAGUAGAAUUCAUUGUGAUGGGUGGUACAUUCAUGGCCCUUCCAGAAGAAUACAGAGAUUAUUUUAUUCGAAAUUUGCAUGAUGCUUUAUCAGGACAUACCUCCAACAAUAUUUACGAGGCAGUCAAGUAUUCUGAGAGAAGCCACACAAAAUGUAUUGGGAUUACUAUUGAGACCAGACCAGACUAUUGCAUGAAACGCCACUUAAGCGACAUGUUGACGUAUGGCUGCACAAGAUUGGAGAUUGGUGUACAGAGUGUCUAUGAGGAUGUGGCCAGAGAUACCAACAGGGGCCACACAGUUAAGGCGGUAUCUGAAUCUUUUCAUCUGGCCAAAGAUUGUGGUUUCAAAGUUGUAGCUCACAUGAUGCCUGAUCUGCCAAAUGUGGGGCUGGAAAGAGACAUUGAACAGUUUAUCGAGUUUUUUGAGAACCCUGCUUUUCGUCCUGAUGGUUUGAAACUCUACCCUACCCUGGUGAUUCGUGGAACAGGACUUUAUGAGCUUUGGAAAUCUGGGAGAUACAAGAGUUAUUCUCCAAGUGACCUGAUAGAAUUGGUGGCUCGGAUCCUAGCCCUUGUGCCUCCUUGGACUCGAGUUUACCGAGUGCAGAGAUGUUUAAAGUUAGAGCAUUAUGUAAAGUCUUGUAUGCUGGUGAAAGAGGGACAAGAAAAAGCAUCUCUGAAUUUACCCAUCGCCAUUAAGUCAGUGCCAGCUCAGGGCUUCUGUGUGUAUCAGAGUAGCCUGUGUCGAGAUGUGAGAACCAGAGAAGUUGGAAUCCAAGAAAUUCAUCACAAAGUACGACCAUACCAGGUUGAAUUAGUAAGGAGAGAUUAUGUUGCAAAUGGUGGUUGGGAAACUUUCUUGUCAUAUGAAGACCCGGAUCAAGACAUUUUGAUUGGCCUCCUCCGACUGCGCAAGUGUUCUGAGGAAACCUUCCGUUUUGAACUGGGUGGUGGUUCUUCCAUAGUCCGAGAACUGCAUGUGUAUGGAAGUGUCGUUCCUGUGAACAGUCGGGAUCCUACUAAAUUUCAGCAUCAGGGAUUUGGCAUGCUACUGAUGGAGGAAGCAGAAAGAAUAGCUAGAGAAGAACAUGGAUCUUCGAAAAUGGCUGUCAUUUCAGGGGUCGGCACCAGGAAUUACUACAGAAAGAUUGGCUACAGGUUACACGGACCAUACAUGGUGAAAACGCUGAUAAAUUAA